CCCGGUGGCACCUCGCUCAAGCUCAAUGGCCGCGCCGUCGUGCUCGUGCGCCUCCUGGGCGAGGGCGCCGUCAGCUUCGUCUACCUGGCGCGCGAUCGCGAGAGCGGGCGCGAGUUUGCCCUCAAAGUGAUGCGAUGCCCAUCCGGCACGCCUACGCUCCGCCUUGCGCUCUCCGAGAUCGAGACGACACGCCGCUUCCGCUCGCCGCACACGAUCCGGCUACUCGACUCGUGCGUGGAGCAGACGGCCGACGGGCACACUGUCUAUCUGUUCCUGCCGCUCUGCCGCGGCACGCUGCAGGAUGCUCUGGCCGCGCGUGCCGUGCGCGGCGAGACGGCGGACGAGGCCAGCAGUCUGCGCCUCUUCCGUGGCGCAGCAGAGGGCCUCAAGAGCAUGCAUACAUGGCGCCUGCCUGACGUCGGCGCCCAGCCUGGAGCCGCGCCGGCCGACGUUGAGGCUGCCGCGGCGGAGGACGAGGAGCAUGGCGAGGAGGACGAGCGGCGCCUGCUGCCCGGCCAGGACGACUCGGGAGAGGCUGCGUACCCGCCAAAGCCGCCGCGGAUGGAGGGAUCGGCUGUGCCCUCCAGCGAUGGGCCGGUAGGCAAGGGCGGCGACCUCUGCGCGUGGGCGCAUCGAGAUAUCAAGCCAGCCAACAUCAUGAUUGCGCCGACGUCAUCAGGAUCCGGCGAGCCAUUAGCCGUCAUCAUGGACUUUGGCUCUGCGUGCCGUGCGCGCAUCGAGAUCAAGAGCCGGCGCGAGGCCAUCAUUCAGCAGGACGUUGCCGCAGAGCACAGCUCCAUGCCGUACCGCGCGCCGGAGCUGUUCGACGUCAAGACGGAUGCCGUGCUGGACGAGAAGGUCGACAUCUGGUCGCUGGGCUGCACUUACUACGCGAUGCUGUACGGCUACUCGCCAUUCGAGACGCCACAGCUCGUCGAGCAGGGCGGCUCCAUCGCCAUGGCCGUGCAGUCGGGCAGCUGGAAGUUCCCCGACGCCGGCAAUGCCGCCUUCUCCGAGGCGUCAAAGGAGAUCAUCCGCCGCUGCCUCGUCCUCGACCCGCGGCAACGCGCCGACAUCCACGAGGUGCUUGAGCUCACGGACAAGGCCAUCAGCGCGCUGCAGUAG